AUGGCGCUCCUCCUCCUCCUCUUCCUCCUCUCCGGCUGCUACUCGACGCGGGCGGGGGACCCCUUCGCCUACUUCGACUGGGAGGUCUCCUACCUCACAGCCCGGCCCCUCGGCGUUGCCCAAAAGAUCAUCGCCAUCAACGGCCAGUUCCCCGGCCCGCCGCUGAACGUCACCACCAACUGGAACGUCGUCGUCAACGUCCGCAACGCGCUCGACGAGCCGCUCCUCCUCACCUUCCACGGCCUCCAGCAGCGCCGGACGCCAUGGCAGGACGGCGUGCUCGGGACCAACUGCCCCAUCCCGCCCGGCUGGAACUGGACCUACACCUUCCAGGCCAAGGACCAGGUCGGCAGCUUCUUCUACUCCCCCUCCGCCUCCCCGCUCCACCGCGCCGCCGGCGGGUACGGCGGGAUCGUCGUCAACAACAGGGCCGUCAUCCCCAUCCCCUUCCCCUUCCCCGACGGCGGCGACCUCACCCUCUUCAUCGGCGACUGGUACGCCAGGUCCCACCGCGACCUCCGCAGGUCCCUCGACGCCGGCGCGCCCCUCGGAGCUCCCGACGGCGUGCUCAUCAACGGGCUCGGCCCCUACCGCCACAACGACUCCGUCGUCCCUCCCGGAAUCGUCUACGAGCGGAUCAAUGUCGACCCCGGGAGGACCUACCGGCUGCGCGUGCACAACGUCGGCGCCUCCGCCAGCCUCAAUUUCAGGAUCCAGGGCCACAGCCUGCUCCUCGUCGAGACCGAGGGCUCCUACACCUCCCAGCAGAACUACACCAACAUGGACAUCCAUGUCGGCCAGUCCUACUCCUUCCUGGUCACCAUGGACCAGAACGCCAGCAUCGACUACUACGUCGUCGCCAGCGCGCGAUUCGUCGAUGCCAGCACCGUCGAUAAGCUCACCGGCGUCGCCAUUCUCCAUUACUCCAACUCCCAGGGUCCAGCCUCCGGUCCCCUCCCUGAUGCCCCGGAUGACCAGUAUGACACUGCAUUCUCCAUAAACCAAGCAAGAUCCAUCAGGUGGAAUGUUACCGCUAGCGGUGCCCGCCCGAAUCCGCAGGGCUCAUUCCACUACGGUGACAUUACCGUGACCGAUGUGUACUUGCUGCAGAGCCGACCGCCGGAGCUCAUAGACGGGCAACUGCGCUCUACCAUAAACGGGAUCUCUUACAUUGCCCCGUCCACCCCGUUGGUUCUUGCGCAGCUAUUUAACGUCCCUGGAGUGUACAAAAUGGAUUUUCCUAAUCAUCCGAUGAACAGGCUACCUAAAGUCGACACGUCCAUUAUAAAUGGCACAUACAAAGGCUUCAUGGAGAUUAUCUUCCAGAACAACGCCACCACGGUGCAGAGCUACCACUUGGAUGGAUAUGCGUUCUUCGUCGUUGGGAUGGACUAUGGAUUGUGGACUGAAAACAGCCGAGGUACCUAUAACAAAUGGGAUGGUGUUGCGCGCUCCACAAUCCAGGUAUUCCCGGGCGCUUGGACUGCUGUGCUUGUGUUCCUGGACAACGCGGGUAUAUGGAACCUGCGGGUGGAGAACCUGGACAACUGGUACCUGGGUCAGGAGCUGUACAUAAGUGUGGUGAACCCGGAGGAAGACCACAGCGCCAACACGGGGCUCCCUCUUCCGGACAACACUAUCUUCUGCGGCGCACUCUCGAGCCUACAGAGAGAACAGUCUCAUAGGUUCCAGUACUCGGGAGCUUCGCGGGCUAGGGAGAUGGCGUCUGCGGCAGCUGUUUUGACAGUAUGGCUGGCUGUUAUUUGGUUACAAUGGUAGAUAGACAAAGAGGAUGAUAGAUAGAGACAUUGGAUGAAUAUGUGUAGGGUGAACAGGAGGAAAUGAGAUCAAGAAUUUCUGGUGGAGAGACAAAGAGGCUGGAUAGCACAUAUGGUUGCGGGUCAGCUCCCCGGAUGCUUCAUUUUUGGUUAAGCUAAAGCAAUGGACGGAUGCCCCGAAUUGUGAAGGCAAUGCCCCUUGUAAUAGAGUAGAUGGGCUUUGAGGAAACCAAUCAUCCCAUUCAAAUAUGUGUUGUAGAGUUUCCUGUGUAUUUACUGCUUCAAAUUCUUCCUAGUUGUUGUCAGCUUUGGACAGGAAGUGGGCAUACACAUAUAGAUAUACCAAGUUGAUCUUUCUUC